AUGACACUAUCGGCCGUGAAUGUGACACAUACAGGAUGUUCCCUUCACAGACCGCAGCGGCACGAACAAGUACAGGGUCCCCAGUGCUUUCUCCAGUCAGGAGGGAUCCUGCGGGAGCUGCGGGCCUGUGCGCAGGGCUGGACGGGACGCAGGGCGGCGGGGACGCCCCGCUGGGCACGGGCAGGCGUGUGCCCACGGGGGCCGAGUGGGGAGGCGACAGAUAGGGGGCCUGGCGUUCACACACCCGCCAUGCUCAGCAUGCCAGGCCUCCACCCUGGGGCAGAGGACGAGGCGCCGCGGGGGAGCUGGUGCACGCGUCUCACGUGUGGGAGACCAAACGGAGACAGAUGUGACACGCACACAGCAGACGACCCGCAUCGGCAAGGGCAGCGCCCUGGCCAGCCGAGGCACCGCGAGGGAAGGAAGCAGGACUCCACUUUUCUGCAACGUCUCUUUUUAAUUAAAAUACAUAAUUCAAAACGUGUACACGUGUUAAGUCUGGGCUCACAGCUCAUCACUCUGCGCGCUUCUCUGCUGUUUAACUUCUCAAACCAGAGAAGUGACGGUGACGACGCCGAGGGUGUCCAGUGUCACGAGGUCUCUGAGGACCUGGCCCCCAGUCUCCCAGUCCCAAGUGUGGACAGCCAGCGGCCAGGACCUGCGCCCGGCCGGGGGCCCCCAGGGCUGAGGCCCCGCCAGGGUCCACCAGGGGCACCCCAUGCUCAGGCCGCUGUCGAGGGGACCCCAGGGCAGGCACGGCUGCUCCUGCGGUGA